AUGACUGUAAACAAUACUAUUGCGCAUCAACGUUUAAUUCUAAGCGGAGACCGUGAAAGAUUUAAAGACUUAUUGAUGCGACGAUUAAUAGAAUGCGGAUGGAGAGAUCAAGUGAGGAUGUUGUGUCGUGAAGUGGUAAAAGAAAAUGAAGGAAGUAACAUAAAUUUUGAUACGCUUGUGACUAGAGUGACUCCUAGGGCCCGUGCACUUGUUCCAGACACUGUUAAGAAGGAAUUGUUGCAAAAAAUAAAGUCACAUCUUCUAACACAAAAAGAUCAAUAA